AAGUGUCGCGGGGAGGGCGGAAAUCUGGUGCGCGGAGAACGAUCCUUGGAGGAGUGGUCUGCCUCUGUCCACGGUUCUGAAACGCAUUGGCCGUUAUUGGCCGACAUCCCAACUAGAAUCUAGACCCUGUUUCAAGCCACAAAGAGAUUCAGAUUUUGCACCAACUUUCUUUUGGAGAUUGUAGCCAAGAGUUUCAUUGCCCGGGAUCGCUGUUUGGAAGCGGAAGGAUUUCGCCGCCGAGUUCCAGCCAACUUUGUUCCAAAUGACCAUUUAAGGUGAGACAUGGAAGGCUCCAGUUUCGGGAUUGACUCGAUCUUAUCCCACAGGCCAGUUAGCCCGGUCCUGGCCAAAGGAGAUUCGUUGAUAGGCGACUGCAGAUCGCCGCCAGAGAUGAAAGGCGCUCUGAGCCCAGUGUCGGACGUGGGCAGCGAGCACGAUUCCCAGUCCUCGACCGGGACCGAGUGCGGCGAGACGCCACCGCCGCUACCGGGCGCCGCUGGAGGACUGGAGUCGCGGCCGCACCCGGGGCAUCUGUGCCCCGUGCCCCAGGCGAGGACUGCCACUUCAUCCUUCCUCAUCAGAGACAUUCUGGGCGAGUGCAAACCUUUGGCGGCCUGCGCCCCGUAUUCCAGCAGCGGCCAAACUCCCCAGGAAACGACGCACAAACAGGGAGAGGAAUUCAGAGAGAAACUGGACAAAAGAGAGAAUUCUUCCUCGGACACGGAAUAUAAAGUCAAGGAGGAGGCGGAGAGAGAGAUUUCGAGCAGCAGAGAGAGCCCGCCUGUGCGCUUGAAGAAGCCGCGGAAAGCCCGCACCGCCUUCACAGACCACCAACUCGCCCAGCUGGAGAGGAGCUUCGAGCGGCAAAAGUAUCUGAGUGUCCAGGACAGGAUGGAACUGGCGGCUUCGCUGAACCUGACGGACACCCAGGUCAAAACCUGGUACCAGAACAGGAGGACGAAGUGGAAGAGGCAAACGGCGGUGGGGCUGGAACUCUUGGCCGAGGCCGGCAACUACUCAGCUUUGCAGCGCAUGUUCCCAUCACCUUAUUUCUACCACCCCAACAUGGUCUCUAACCUGGACCCGACUGCCAUGUACAUGUACCGGGGUCCCGCCGCCCCGCACCCCGUCAUCCAGCGGCCCAUCGUCCCCCGAGUGCUCAUCCACGGACUGGCAGCGGGGGGUGAACAACCUCCGUCCCUGCCCGGCCUCGCGGGCGUCCUUCCCCGGCCGCCGCAGCCUCGGUGAGGCGCUCCGGCCCCCGCUCGGACUUACGUGGAAGCGAAAACUGAAAUCAAACUUAAAUUUAAAAAAAAAAGCUUCAGUAUUUAAAA